UAGGAUUCCUGUUAGAAGCCCUGUUAGUAUCAAGUUAGUAUGUAUGAGUCGGGCGGAUCUGCAGUGCUGCCUAAUUUGGAACACCCGCCAUGCUGCUCUCCUUUGCUCUGUCCCCGACGCGCGGGUUCCAUUCAACACUGUUGGCACGAAUAGCACUGCACGACGAGAACCAUGCAUGCUCGGAAUUCGUGCUAUAUACACUCCCGCCCAGUGUCAUCGUGGACCGGCACGAGCUCAUCGACCGCGGUAUUGAGUUCGAGCUGUGGAGUGAAUCAAACCUGGAACUGCCUGUUUUCGCCGUCAGCCAGGCGAAUACCUCCCUUCUGGUGAACGUGAGACACGCCGAACCGCACGGCAAUGAAGUACUUGUAGACGUGCCCAUUCACGCGCGCUACGGCGUUCCACUCCGAGGCAGCAUGCCACGACAGCUCAUCGAGGUUCACCCUCCAACAUGUUUUCUCGCAUGCCCUGAGUCUAAUAUGUCGACGGAUAUGUCGAUCUAUUCGACUUCAGACCCACCGGUUAACCAAUCCGCAGUGCUACGACCGUACAGCAAGUUUCUCGUGUCACAAACUCCAUACGCGCUACCCGCUGCACAACUCGAUGUACCUGUCGGCUCACUAGACGAUCUACUCCCUGUCGAAGCAGGUACAGUUGCCGUGGUCCUGGCCGCAUUCUUGUGGCUCGUCUAUCGUUCCUGGAUGAGCAGUAGUAAAAUACAGAGUCACCAUGUCAAGCAGGACUGAAUCCACGUAUUGUACAGAUGCCA